AUGACACGAAUAAUAUCAUCGGCCAUGCGCCCACUACGGCUCAACGGCAGCCGUGCGAUUCGCUUUCGAGUCUCAGCAGAGCCCGCCCAGGUGCCAUCGUUCGAGGCACGCAGAGCCGCCACCACAUACACGAGGUCAACGGCAGCGCCAGCCUCGAAAACCCCACCGCCACAGACCCCCUACAAGCGAUCCGCGACUACGUCGGCAGCGACGACGACAAAGAGCAGCAACAGCAACUCGACCGCAAAGCCCACCCCCUCUUCCUCAACCGCCAAGAACACCAACACCCCCUUCGCCGAGUCACAGACCAACCCGGCCCCAUCAGCGCCGUACUCGCCGCCGCAAGGCAUGAACUCCAUCCCCGAGGCCCCGACCGCAUUCUCCAGCCCUGUGUUCGCCACGCCCGCGGCGCCCUCGGGCGACAACGGCAUCGACUGGUCGAGCUCCUUCCACGGGCUGUCGACGGUGCCCUUCUCGCCCGAGGUCGCCGCCGUGCUGAUGAAGCCAAUACCCUUCGAGGACGUCGAGAUCAAGCCCGACGGCAUCAUCUACCUGCCCGAGAUCAAGUACCGCCGCAUCCUGAACCAGGCCUUCGGCCCCGGCGGCUGGGGCAUGGCGCCCCGCGGCGAGCUGACGGUCGGCGAGAGGGUUGUCACGAGGGAGUAUGCGCUGCUGGUGCACGGGCGAUUCAUAGCCCAGGCCAGGGGAGAGUGCCAGUAUUUCGCCGACGACGGCAUCGCCACCGCGGGCGAGGGGUGCAAGUCGAACGCGCUGAUGCGCUGCUGCAAGGACCUGGGCAUCGCGUCCGAGCUGUGGGACCCGCGGUACAUCCGCGACUUCAAGAAGAAGUGGGCCCAGGAGAUCUGGGUCGAGCACGUCGUCACCAAGAAGAAGAGGCAGACCUGGGUGCGCAAGGGGGACGACCCCGCGUAUCCCUUCAAGAAGAGCUGA